AAUGGGAUGGCUUCAUGCUAUAUUGGCCACGAAUCGUCACAAGUACUUUACACGCGAUUCAUUCUGUCCACCCGCGUCUUUGACCCUUCUCCCCCUCCCCAGGGCCCCCUCGCCACACACAGCACCCUCGACAGCCCGCCACAAACGCGGCAUCCCCACGGCCAGUAUCCACACAGGAAAAUACAGCCCCACCAGCCCAAACACCAACCCGCCCACAGACUCCUCGUAAGUAUGAAACGACCUCACUGUCUGGAAGCCGAGGUAGCACAGAACAGCCGUUGUGAGCAUUGUGUACACGAGGCUGACCACAGAGAGCACCACCCCACCACCGCCCCUCUUCUCGCAAUCCAAGGCGGCUUGGUUGAAGGCGACUAGCAUCAGGGCCAUGAGGUAGAGAACGAGGUGGUCGGAGAAGUCGUAGCUGCCGCCGUAGUGCAGGUGCAGGAACUCCUGCAGCUGGAGGGGCACCCAGUAGAGCAGCACAGCUCUAUACACCAUCACCACAACCGACAGCAGUAGCCGAUUCCUGUUGGCGGCAGAGAAGCCCCGACAGAGCAGCAGGGGCAGCAAUGGUGGCACCAGCAGCACCAGGUGGAACAGCAGCGGCGAGUAGGUCAGCCUCUGCAGUGGCCGGCGGAAGGGAUAGCACGGCACACUCAGGUCCAGUGGUCCCUCGUCAGAGCACCUCUGGAAAUCAGGCAGGGCGGGCAGAUACGCCGGUGUGCCGCUGAUCCCGGCGCUCUCUCCACCCUCCUCACCCUCCACAGUCACGCUGCUGGCUUCCAUUAUGAGUGGCGGAGGCGGCAGGUCGGGAGGCGGGUGCACACGGAAGAAUGCGACCUCCCCAGGGUGAAGGGGAGCGGCAACGGGGUAUCGGUGGAUGGAGAAUUUGCCCCUGUUGAAGCGCCAGCCGGCGUAGACGCACGCGCUGAAGGCCAGAAGGGUCAUGAGCUGCCAUCGCAAGAGAACAGUCCGGAAGGACGGAUCUUGUGACGCCAUCAGCUGACGAUGGACAAACCUUGGUCCGGUCUUCACACAAGCCUUUCAAAAGCCUUGCUAAAAGCC